AUGGGUGAGCUAGAAAUGGGUAGAGAUUUAAAUCAAGAACUUGGUCUUAUUAAAGUCGGUGACAUUCGUUGGGAAUCUCACUACAAGUCAUUUGAAAAUUUUAUUAGUAACUUUGACUCCAUUGUUGAUAUACUUGAUUCUCUUGUUGAAAAUGCAAGUACUUCGGAAGAAAAAGCUAGCGCAUCGGGAUUUCUUAGAAGUUGUCAAACUUUUGAGACUGUUUUCUUGUUGCAUUUGAUGGCUGAUGUUUUAGGAAUCACAAAUAAUCUUAAUGUGUCAUUACAGAAAAAGAAACAGGAUAUUGCUAAUGCCAUAAUUCUUGUAAAAGUAGCAAAGAGAAGAUUGCAAGCUUUACGAGAUAAUGAAUGGGAUCCUCUUCUAAAAAAGAAUGUUGGUUGGGAUUCGCUCAAAGAAAAGGCCGAGACAUUUUGUAUCAAGCAUAAUAUUCCAUUACUCAAUUAUGAUGGGCCAUAUGCUUACUCUGGGAGAUCACGACGUAAAAUAGUUGAUUAUACUACUUUGCACCAUUAUCGUAUGGAUGUGUUUUAUAAAAUUAUUGAUUGGCAGCUACAAGGACUUAAUGACUAUUUUAAUGAGGUGAAAAGUGAUUUGCUUAAUGGUGUAACUUGUUUGAAUCCAGUUGAUACAUUUUUUAGUUUUGACAUCAAAAAGAUAUUGGUGAUGGCUAAAUUAUAUCCUGAUAACUUUGAUGAAUUCAACAUGAGGGUUCUUGAGAAUCAACUUGUUAAUUAUAUUAUUGAUGUUCGUGAUAUUGAUAAAAGAUUCUCCAAUUUAGGCAGACUUGGGAACUUUAAAGAAAUGAAGUUUGCGUUGCUUCUACUCAUUGCCACUGCAUCAGUUGAAAGAGUUUUUUCGGCAAUGAA